CACAAACUGCACUCAUAACUUCAAAAUCCACUCACAGUACAGCAUCGGAGGAUUCACCAACUGUAACAUCAUUUACAACACAAAGUAUGAUCACAUCUACACCAACACAAUCUAUUCUAAUAACAACAGAAUCUUCAUCAACAUCAACCGCAAGUACAACAUCUGAGCAUUCGCCUACAGUGACUACAACACCAUCUAUUGCAACAUCAUCAAUAACACAAAGUGUGAUCGCAACUACACAAACACAAUCUAUUCUGCCCACAAUUGAAUCAGAAGCAACAUCAACCCAAAGUUCACCAUCCGAAGGUUCAGAAACCCAAAGACCAACACAAAUUACAGCUAUAACCUCACAAUCAGCACAAAGUACAGCCUCUGCGGACGCACCAACAGUGACUACAACACUUUCUAUUGCAACAGCAUCCACAACAGAAUCUGUGUCCACAUCAGCAACAACCUUAACCCAAAGUACAGCAUCUGAGGAUUCUUCAACGCAGAGACCAUCACAAACUACACUCAUAACUUCAAAAUCCACUCACAGUACAGCAUCGGAGGAUUCACCAACUGUAACAUCAUCAACAACACAAAGUAUGAUCACAUCUACACCAACACAAUCUAUUCUAAUAACAACAGAAUCUGCAUCAACAUCAACCGCAAGUACAACAUCUGAGCAUUCGCCUACAGUGACUACAACACCAUCUAUUGCAACAUCAUCAACAACACAAAGUGUGAUCACAUCUACACCAACACAAUCUAUUCUAAUAACAACAGAAUCUGCAUCAACAUCAACCGCAAGUACAACAUCUGAGCAUUCACCUACAGUGACUACAACACCAUCUAUUGCAACAUCAUCAACAACACAAAGUGUGAUCGCAGCAACACAAACACAAUCUAUUCUGCCCACAGUUGAAUCUGAAACAACAUCAACCCAAAGUUCACCAUCCGAAGGUUCAGAAACCCAAAGACCAACACAAAUUACAGCUAUAACCUCACAAUCAGCACAAAGUACAGCCUCUGAGGACUCACCAACAGUGACUACAACACUUUCUAUUGCAACAGCAUCCACAACAGAAUCUGUGUCCACAUCAGCAACAACCUUAACCCAAAGUACAGCAUCUGAGGAUUCUUCAACGCAGAGACCAUCACAAACUACACUCAUAACUUCAAAAUCCACUCACAGUAUAGCAUCGGAGGAUUCACCAACUGUAACAUCAUUUACAACACAAAGUAUGAUCACAUCUACACAGACACAAUCUAUUCUGCCCACAGUUGAAUCAUUAACAACAUCAACCCACGGUUCACCAUCCGAAGGUUCAGAAACUCAAAGACCAACAGAAAUGACAGCUAUAACCUCACAAUCAGCACAAAGUACAGCCUCUGAGGACUCACCAACAGUGACUACAACACAACACAUUUCUCAAUCUGUGUCUAGAGAAUCCACGAAACGAGCCGUGUCUACAACUACACCAACACAAUCAGCUUUGUCCACAAUAGAAUCAGCAACAACCUUAACACAAAGUACAACACCUGAGGAUUCAUCAACACAAACACCAAUACAAACUACAUUCAUCACCUCAAAAUCGGCACACCAUACUGCAUCUGAGGAUUCAUCACCAGUGACUGCAACGCAACCAACUACACCAUCUAUUGCAACAUCAUCCAGUACACAAUCUAUUCCGACCAUUAUGGAAUCAUCAACAACCUUAUCCCAAAGUACACAAAGAACAUCUGAAGUUUCAGAAAUACAAAGACAAACUCAAAGUGCAGCAUCUGAAUAUACAACAGGACAAAUCAAACAGUCUAUUCCUACAGCAUCCACACCACAAACUGUGUUCACAACUACACCAACAGAAUCUACCCUGCCCGCAACAGUAUCAGGAACUAACUUAACCCUAAGUACAGCAUCUGAGGAUUCAUCAACAGUGAAUACAAUACAACAAACUACACCAUCUGUUGCAACAGCCUCCACAACAGAAUCGGCGUCCCCAACACAAACUACACCACCUAUUGAAACAGCAUACACAACAACUACACUAUUGGCAGUAGCAAUGACAGUAUCAUCUUCAGCAGAACCAACUAACUUUAUGGCAUCUACAACAGAAACAAGCAUAAGAACCACACAACCAACACCAGUCACAGAAACAAGACGCACAACACCAACAGGCAUUGUAGUGUCGACAACAAACAAACAAGACAGAAGGGAAUCAACCACAACACGAUCCCAGACUACACUGUCUGUAAAAACAAUGCCACAAACUACAGUCAGAGGAAUGACACAAACUACAGUCCGAGGAAUGAAACAAACUACAGUCAGAGGAAUGACACCAACAAUGGCUGCAAAUACACAAUCAGCAGGUUCAGUAACUUCAUCUACACCUAGAUCAACCACAGUUCACAAUGAGCCUACAACACAAACCGCAGGAUCCGUGGAAACACAGACCAAGCUGUUUUCGCCAACAUUAGAAUCAACAAGAACAUUGGCAAAAACUACACCGUCCUUGGCAACAAGUCUAAAAAAGUCAACACAAACUACAGUUACAAAUACACCAGCAACAACCCCAGUAAAAGCAACAGCAUCUGAAUCAAGUGGGCCAAGAACAAUUCACACAACUAAAAUACAAAGUAAAUCCAUACAAACACACACUGUAGAUUCUGUCACAACAGUAACACAAGCCACCCCCUUGGCAGCUGGACCUUUUCCACAAAACACAGAGACAACCACUUUGUCAACAUACCUGGCAACCCAAUCUAUGAUACCUUUUAGUGAGUCCAAGCUAUUCAGAACAACAUCUGCUGAGUCAUCUUCAGGAAGCACCCCUCCACAAAGUUCAGCCUUUCCCAGCACACCCAGUGCGUCAGGAACUACUUCCAUAAAUACCCAAACUAGUGGACAAACAUCAUUUCCUUUCAACACACUUACCAAGCUACCAUUUGAUACAUCAACAUCACAUACUGCACAAUCAACGAGCAACCCCUCGGCUUCACAACAAAAACAACAACAACAAAGUGUCUCAUUUGUCCCGUCCAGAGGAUCUUCAAACCCAACACCGGCUCAAUCUGUGCGUGUAUCUCAGACCGACAGUACUGCACAUGCAGCUACAACCUCGACUUCUUUAUCAACAGAAGGAACACCUACCCAAAGUCCAGGUAUUAAUAUUGUUAAAGAAACAGUGAACAGUUCUCCAUCGGCCACGCCAUCCAAAAUGUCAGUUGCUGCUUCUGCAUCUAUGCAAUCCAACUACCCUCCAUCAGCCGGGCCUGUGUCUCUAACCCCGCCCUCUGACUCCCAAAAACCUGUGACGACAACAACGGACGGUGCCACACACUCUACUCUUCCUAAACUUUCGUCAUUUUCCUCAGACGCAUCCACCAUCAAUCAAGCCAAAGUUGACUCUAAGACUGUUUCCUUACCUGAGGAAAAUACAGUGGUCUUCAGAUAUUGCCCGAAGAUUGCUGCAGUGAGGCCGCUUGCCUUUGAUCACCCAACUGUCUAUAGGACCUCAAUUCCAGUUUCAGAUUCCUUCAAUGAGGAGCAACACCAGCCAGGUCAAAACAGCAUAAAUUAAAGAUUAAUACACACGCUCAAGAAAAAAGGGCUAGCUAACCCUAUCACAUGCAGGAAGUGAGAGGUAGUGAUCAUUUCUUAAGAGGUGCUGGUAGACCAAUUGUGUUAGUUUUGGAAAUAACCAGGCUAGCUAUUUCCUUUGUAGAGUUGAUUAGGAAUAAAACCUGACAGGACUCAUAAUCUUAACACUUCCUAUUCUCCCAAAGUGGACAGGUUUUUAAAAUGUACAUCCCUAUUUCUCUGAAAUUCCGUUACACAUUUAGCUGAUGAUUUUAUCCAAAGUGACAUCCAAUAAAGCAAUCAAACUUGGAGAUACAAUCUCACAGCAGCAGGAAUCAUCUCUUUCUAUUCUCCUGUGUGUACUCUUCAAAGAUUACAUUUAUAUAUAUAACAAUAAUACUAAUAAGAACAUUUUGAACAUGUUAUAAACAAAUCGAACACUUGAUUGAAAUUGACAGAUUUUUUGUGUUUUUGUUUCUGGGUUCCUUUUCCAUUUAAUUUCUAGUUAAGUUUAGGUUAUCAACUUGUCGUCCUGAUAUUUCUGUUAUAAUUUCCUCCCUGAUUGAUUUUUGCUCAUUUUUUUUCUCUGUUCAUACUGUUAUGUAUUAUGUUUUUAAUCUCUAAACAAAUAAACAAAUUAUU